CACCAUGCGCACAGCACAGCACCGCCGGAUAACUGUCAACGUGUUGCGCGCCUAUAUUAAUAAAGACCGCAUCGCCUAUAUUAAUAAAUACCGCGGCGAGAGAAGGGAGAUCAAGAAUUGAGACGCACAUAAAUGGAAGGACUACAGGCAUUGACAAGUUGAUUAGUUGGACCCGGUGAGCGUGCCAAAGUUCGCGCUUCAAGUGCUCAAUAUUCACUCUCCAUGGGUAGGCUCGAUGACAUGAUGUUCCUGCCCGUCUCCCCUCCCCCCUCCUUCUCCCUCUCUUUUCUCCUGCUAGUCCUCACUGUUCUCCCUCUUUCCCUCCUUUCCCGUUCACUCUCUCACUCCCCUCUGAGCUGGACUUCUCCACAUGACCCCUGCUACCACCUGGAUGGGCGUCCGCGACACUGCCUGUCGGAAUUCAUCAAUGCCGCCUACGGUGUCCCAGUCAGUGCCGCCAACUCCCUCCGAGGACCUUCGGACCAAAAUGCUGUUAACGUCAGCUCCGUCACGGACCUCCACAACCCCUACAACCUGACCUGCUGGACAGCCCAGGUGGGAGGCACCGACGGCGGGGACUGGGUUCUCACCCUCCCCCUGGGCCGGCGCUUUGAGGUCACUUACAUCAGCCUGCAGUUCUGCCAGCAGGGGGAGCCGUCGGAUCCGGUCUCCGUCUCUUUGCUCAAGUCCAUGGAUCACGGGCGCACCUGGAGGCCCAUGCAGCAUUACUCCAGCGACUGCCCCGGGAGUUUUGGGCUCCAGGCCCAGACGGUGGCCAAGACCAGGCACCAGGAGACAGAGCCUCUGUGCUCGGAUCCCCGGCCCCUGCAGAGGCACCGGGGAGGCAUGGUUCUGGCCUUCUCCACCCUGGAUGGAAGGCCCUCCUCUCCAGACUUUGACUACAGCCCCACCCUGCAGGACUGGGUGACGGCCACGGACAUACGGGUGGUCUUCCACCAGGUGACCCAGUCCCAACAGGUGACCCAGUCCCAACAGACUAAGUUGGGAAGUUCGGAGGAUAGGGGGGUGGGUGUGGGAUUGGGAGCAGAUGCUGGGGUUCUGAGGUGGAGGGUGGGGUCGAAGAAUAAAGCUGUGGUUGGUCAGGUGAAUGGGGACAACAAUGCUUGGGGGUUUGUGGAGAAGGAGAUGAAAAAGACAGAAAAACGAGGGAGAAGCAGAGGAGAGAAAAUGGACAAAUCCUGGCGGAGGGGUCACAACAAAGGGUCGGGAGGUCAGGGAGAGGAUGGACACAAUGUGACCCGGAAGGAUUUAGAACGAGACACUCAGGCAAUGGACACCUCCAAGAGAGGGAACGGUAAAGGAAAAGGGCGUGGCCGCAAAAGGGAGGGGGGCCACCAUUGGAGUCCGUGCCAGGAAGGUGGCGUCUGUGAUUGGACAAUUGAGGGGCAGGGGAAGGACAACAAGGGGCGGGAAUUGAGGAGGAGGAGAAACAACAAUCGGAAUCUCCAGCUAGUUCCUCCCUCCCCAUUGAUCUCUGCCCCCCCUGUCCGGCCCCCCCUGGCCCUCUCGGACCUGCAGGUGGGGGGCAGGUGUAAGUGUAACGGGCAUGCCUCACGGUGUCGUCAUGACGACGCGGACCGGGUGGUGUGUGUGUGUGAGCACCACACAGCGGGGGCAGACUGCGACGUAUGUGAGGACUUCUACUAUGACAGGCCCUGGCAACGAGCCACGCCCAGUCAGCCACACCCGUGCGUCUCGUGUGAGUGUAACGGCCACUCCUCUAAGUGUCGGUUCAGCAUGGAGGUGUUCCAGCAGUCGGGCCGGCGCAGCGGGGGGGUAUGUCUGAAGUGUCGGCAUCACACAGCGGGACGCCACUGCCAGUACUGCCAGAAUGGACACACCCGUGACCACGACAAGCUACCCAACCACCACAAGGCUUGCCAAUUCUACGGGGUUUGUCUACAUGUGUCUGUGUACCUGCCUCCACAGUGUUUAUGA